CUGACUCUGUUUUUCUGUUAAGCUUGGAUUACAGAACCAGAUCCAGCCAAGGCAGUUCAGCUGUUCACCCAGUCAACACUUGAGGCUAAUAAAGACACAGACAACCUGAACUUCACCCUGAGCUUGAGGGAUUCCUUGGUGGAAAGAAACAGGGCUAUCAUUACUUUUUACAAAAGGCCAGUGCAGUGGUCUAAUCCACUGCAGUGCAAAUUGACUGGUGACACAGCAAUCGGUGAGGGAGUCAGCAGGUAUGUGCUGUCUACAGUAAUGGAAAAUCUUCAGAAUGGCUUCCUUCUUGAGGAAGAGACAGGAGUAAAGACUUUGCUCUUUGAGGGCGAGCAAGACCAUCUUGUUCCUUCCACAUCUCGGGCACUUUUGGAAAGUGAUUUUUUUGUCAUAGCUGGACGCAUAAUUGGGCACUGUUUUUUAAAUGAUGGACCACGUCUUGCUGGGUUGAGCCCUGCCAUAGUGCAUGUACUCUCUGGAGGGGAGCAAGAGACAGCAGCAAUUAGCGUAUCUGACUGCGUGGACCAGGAUGUUCGGGAUGUCAUCCACCUGGUUUGGGAAAAAAUAUUUAUGUUGGAAGGAACCCAGGAACUUUCUGAGGACCAGAAAUCCAUGGUCCUCUCUGUGAGCCUGCCCUGGGACUUGCCUGGUGUUACAUUAGAAAACAGGUGGUGGCUUAGGGAGAAAAUUCUUCUCCAUGCCGUUCUUGGAAGAACUACCAAGCAAGUGAAGCAAAUUAAGAGAGGCCUGAAAGACACUGGUGUUUUGGAGCUUUUUAGCUCUAGACCAGACACUGUGCCAAUCUUAUUCCCAAGGGUCACUGAGACAGAGAUAACAUCUCAAAUGAUUCUGGACAAGAAUAUCUGGCCACGGGAGGAAGAUGUUGACGAAGACAUCCUUACGCUGGAGGACCAGUGCACGUGUGCUAGGCUUUUUCCGGAUGUUUAUAGAAACCGGGUCUUUUUCAGGGUCCUCUGAGGUCUUGAAGAGUUUGCUGUCAUUCUGGACUGGCUAGGAUGUCCUUCCCCCAUCACUGGAGGUGGAAGUUGUUGAUUGUGACCUUCCCCAA